CUAAGGCGGCGCAUAGGGCCGAACGGUGGCAGCGCCGCAGCCGGAGCGAGGAGCCGACGGGGACCGGCCGGGAUGGUGCAGCGGCGGCUCAGCGACGCACGCACGCUCUGAGCGGGCCCGGGUUGGGCUCCGCGCCCUCCGCGCCCCCCGCCGCCCCGAUCCCGGCCGGCAUGAUGUGCCUGGAAUGCGCCUCGGCGGCGGCGGGCGGCGCGGAGGAGGAGGAGGCGGACGCGGAGCGGCGGCGCCGGCGCCGGGGGGCGCAGCGAGGGGCUGGCGGGGGCGGUUGCUGCGGGGCGCGGGGCGCGGGCGGCGCUGGAGGAGUCGUGCCCGCCGACGAUGAGGUGCAGACCCUGUCGGGUAGCGUGAGGCGGGCCCCGUCCGGACCUCCCAGCACCCCCGGCACCCCCAGCUGCGCAGCUGCCUCCAAGGGCCCCAGCGCACAGCAACCCAAGCCGGCCAGUCUGGGCCGCGGUCGGGGGGCAGCAGCCGCCAUCCUCAGCUUGGGCAACGUGCUCAACUACCUGGACAGGUACACCGUGGCAGGGGUCCUCCUGGACAUCCAGCAGCACUUUGGGGUCAAGGACAGAGGCGCCGGCUUGCUGCAGUCAGUGUUCAUCUGCAGCUUCAUGGUGGCCGCCCCCAUCUUCGGCUACCUGGGCGACCGCUUCAACAGGAAGGUGAUCCUUAGCUGUGGCAUCUUCUUCUGGUCGGCCGUCACCUUCUGCAGCUCCUUCAUCCCCCAGCAGUACUUCUGGCUGCUGGUGCUGUCCCGGGGGCUGGUGGGCAUCGGCGAGGCCAGCUACUCCACCAUCGCGCCCACCAUCAUCGGCGACCUGUUCACCAAGAACACACGCACACUCAUGCUGUCUGUCUUCUACUUUGCCAUCCCGCUGGGCAGCGGCCUGGGCUACAUCACCGGCUCCAGCGUGAAGCAGGCGGCUGGGGACUGGCACUGGGCCUUACGGGUGUCCCCGGUCCUGGGCAUGAUCACGGGAACGCUCAUCCUUGUGCUGGUCCCAGCCACUAAGAGAGGCCAUGCUGACCAGCUCGGAGGGCAGCUCAAGGCCCGGACCUCGUGGCUCCGAGACAUGAGGGCCCUGAUCCGAAACCGCAGCUACGUCUUCUCCUCCCUGGCCACGGCGGCCGUAUCCUUCGCCACGGGGGCCCUGGGCAUGUGGAUCCCGCUCUACCUGCACCGCGCCCAAGUGGUGCAGAAGACGGCAGAGACCUGCAGCAGCGCCCCCUGCGGGGCCAAGGACAGCCUCAUCUUUGGGGCCAUCACCUGCUUCACGGGCUUUCUGGGCGUGGUCACGGGCGCAGGAGCCACGCGCUGGUGCCGCCUGCGAACCCAGCGGGCCGACCCUCUGGUGUGCGCUGUGGGCAUGCUGGGCUCCGCCAUCUUCAUCUGCCUGAUCUUCGUGGCCGCCAAGAGCAGCAUCGUGGGUGCCUAUAUCUGUAUCUUUGUCGGGGAGACGCUGCUGUUCUCUAACUGGGCCAUCACGGCAGACAUCCUCAUGUAUGUGGUCAUCCCUACCCGGCGGGCCACGGCCGUGGCCCUACAGAGCUUCACCUCGCACCUGCUGGGGGACGCAGGCAGCCCCUACCUCAUUGGCUUUAUCUCGGACGUGAUCCGCCAGAGCACCAAGGACUCGCCGCUCUGGGAGUUCCUGAGCCUGGGCUACGCGCUCAUGCUCUGCCCCUUCGUGGUGGUCCUGGGGGGCAUGUUCUUCCUCGCCACCGCGCUCUCCUUCCUCAGCGACCGCGCCAAGGCCGAGCAGCAGGCGAACCAGCUGGUGAUGCCGCCCGCAUCCGUGAAAGUCUGAGAUGGUGCUGCUGGGACCAUGACGACUCCACCCACCUCCCUGACCUGGGAGGUGUCCUCCAGCAUCCUGGACCUGCUAGGCUCUCCUCAAGCCGCCUGUGUGACCCAUGGCUGGGUCCCCACCCUCUCUGGGCGGGGAAUGCUGAGUGGCCCUGGCUCCAGGAGGCCGUGCCCUCGGUUAACCAGGAAGGCUUUGUGUGUUGGAGCCACGCGGCUGAGCGGACUCCUGGUUUUGGGUCUGGGCCACAGGGGCCCUGGAGCCAAAGACGACUGCCUCGAGUGGGAUCUCCAGCAGAGCCUGGCCCGCUGCCGACCGAUGUGACCUUGGGCAAGUCCCUGCCCUCCCGGGGCCGCGGGGUCAGGGGGCUGGACUUUCCCACGCAGCCUGCCUGCCAAGGCACACUCCACCGCUGGGAAGAGCCACUGGAGUCUAUAGCACGCGCAGGAGGGACGGCCCCGACUUCAGGGCGACAGUUCAGGUGCUGAGGCUCCCGAGGGGACACUGGACUCCACCUGGCAAAUGGAGCUGGCCACUUGUCCCGGCUGCCCCGGGCUGGCUCUUAGCCUGGCAGGCCUGUGGGUGGGGGCCAUCCCAGCAGGGGGCUGGCAUCCCCAGAAGGCCCUGGCAGCAGCUGCACACAUCUGUGCCCCAGGCGAGACCUCUGGGUUCCUUACUCGCCUCUGUGCGUAGGGCCGUGGCCCUUCGAGCACCUCCACUGUCCACCCCAUCCCUGAACCCACUGCUUUCCCCCAGGCCGGGCCUGCGCCAAGGGCAGGGCCCAGGGGACCAUUCCCAGAAUCUAUGGGGCAGGGGCCAGAGCUCUGGCUGCUGUGGCAGGAAGCAGCUAUCUGCCUGGCUUCCUCCCUGAGACCCAGCUUCUUGGAGGCCCCCAAACACCAGCUGCUGUAGAUCAUGCACAUGGACACACUCGACAGCUUCCCCAGGCCUUCCCCUCACUCCCAUCUGCACCCUUACAGACCCUUACAGCCACGCCCGGGUGCAGCUGCCAGGUUCACACCAGCCCCCCCACCCUUGCUGCACUCAAGGUGCUUCUGGUCGAGGGGCGACCUUGCGGCCAGGAGUCCCCACCAGCUGCCAUGGACAAUGCUCUCUGCCCCUUAGCACCCGGCCGGCUGUGGCUUCAGUGGUGUGCAAGCUAGUGCCCUGCCCCCACCCUGCCGAGCUCUGGGGCACCCUGGGGGCCUGACCCUCCCCCCAAGACCACCCUGGCUCCCACCUCUGCCUUGGCCGGGGCCCCAGCGAUGUUUUCUUGUUGUACAAGAACCAGGUCCAAGUGUUGCCUCCUCUUCCUUCCGGAAGCCAAACUGCUCCUUUAUUUUUUAGAGCUGCUCAUUGUGAAUCUCAGAGUCUUAAGAGAAGCCAAAUAUAUUCCUCUUGUCGACGGAGAAAUAAACCUAUUUAAAUGAG